GAAAAUUCAAAGAACCUGGAACGGAUAGAUCGUACGGCUGGAUCGAAGGAAAAGGAAUGUGUCAAGAUGCAACCUGUGCCCUCCCUCUGUGGCGUCGUAACCGUUCUCCUUCAUGUCCUGGCCAGUCUUACUCAUGGACAAAGACAGGAGCCAGGUGUGUCCUUCAUCAGGCAUCCUCAGCCCCUGGAUGCACCCAUAGGUGAUGAUAUGAGUUUCGAAUGCAACCUAAACCUCGGUGCUGAUCAUUUCUCCUGGCGCCACAGAUUACUACACUCUGAUAAGUGGUUGCCAAUUUUUCACACACCCAGCAAUGGUGGAAAGAUAUCCAAACAUGUGGUGAAAUUUGACAAUGUGUCAAAAGCUGGGGAUUACCGCUGCAUAGCUUAUUAUGGUUCAAGCGGUUUAGCUUCUGAUCCAGCAAGAUUAACACUUGCUAUGUUACAGAAGUUUUCUGAUAAGAGUGACAUUGUUAUAAAUGUUCCAGGGGGGAAUACUGUACCUAUAACAUGUCCUGUGCCUUACUCAGCUCCAGAGGCCAUUGUUCAAUUUUAUAAAGACAAUAAUCUUAUACAAAAUGUUAAUAUAGUCGGUAGCAAGACCAUGGUUAUUGAGAAUGUUAAAGUAUCAGACAGUGGAACCUAUCACUGCACUGCUAACAAUUACAUAAGCUCGCAGAUGUACUCUAGUAACCAUAAGACCAUCCUAAAUGUACAUACAAAUACCAGUUUCCAGGCACCAUACUUUGUCAAACAACCACAAACAGAGUACAAAGUUCUGCGUGGUAAGAACGUCACUUUGGAAUGCUUUGGCGCCGGUUAUCCAGUACCUUAUGCCACAUGGAGCAGAUUAGGCAGUUCUUUGCCAUCAAACUCUGUGAAAACCUCAAUUGGUCUAACCAUAAUUAACGUCCAGCCGGUUGACAGAGGAGAAUACGAUUGUAUAUGGAAUAGCAAUGGUGCACACGUAAAGUCUGUGAUUAUACUGAAAGUAAUGGAGGCCCCAAAGGUGACCAAACCGCCAAAGGCGUCGACGUUCUCUGAAGGCGGAGAACUGGAGCUCUCUUGCAUGGUAACUGGUGAACCACAGCCAAAGGUCGAGUGGUUAAUCAAUGGAGAAUCCCUUUCUCCUAGUGAUAAUGUGGAAAUUAAAGGUUCCACGCUCCUCAUUUCUGAGGUUGAAAAAAAACAUGCUGGUAUUGUCCAGUGUGUCGCCAGUAAUGAGUACGGUUCUCAUUCUGGUUGCGAUUUGCUAAGAGUGAAUCCUAAGCAGCACAUUGGAGCAACCGAAGUGAGACCAGAUUAUGGAAUCUCCAACUCAAGGCACAAGCAUACCAGAGGUGGAGGAAGAAGGAGGAGCAAAGAGGGGAAACGCAAGGGCACUGCGGUGCUGGUACCACCGAAUCAGCCCAAUGUUACAAGACUCUCAGAUGUAUCUGUAAUGGUUAGAUGGUCGGUGCCCGAGGAUACGGGGUUGCCUAUUCAAUUCUUCAAAGUUCAAUACAGAGAGCUUGGCCAAAAGAUGAAUGGCAAGCAAGCAAAGUGGAUGACUGCGAACUCAGAGAUAUCUAAUCAUGUGAGGUCGUUCGAAGUAACCGAUCUUCAACCUGACCACACCUACAGAUUUAGAAUAGCCGCUGUGUACUCGAACAACGAUAACAAGCUUAGUCCUAACUCUGUGCGCUUUCAUCUGAAUAAAGAUGGCGGAAUAGAGUGCAACAAGAUGCCUAUACCUCUUUUAACGAAUACUGAAGCUCUAGGGCCGCAGCAAGUGCUCCUUAUUUGGCAAAAUCAGGAUAAAUCAGCAUAUAUAGACGGCUUCUACGUAUACCACCGGGCUUCCACCUCAGCUGGGGAUUAUGUAAAGACUACUGUGGAAGGGAAGGACUCUUUCAAUAUAACCAUUUCUCAUCUACAACCAGAUACAACAUACGAGUUCAAAGUGCAAAGUUUUUCUGUGGGUGCUGCCUCAGAAUUCUCACAAAUUCUCAGACAGAAGACAAAGAAGCCUAUUAUUGCAAAUGAGCAUAAAGAUCAGGAUACCAGGACAGAUCAUGGCAGCAAUUUAACGUUAGACAGUCGGGUAAGACCUGCAGAUGAUAAGAAUGUGAAUAUGUACGCUAUAAUUGGUGGAGUUCUCGGUGGAUCGACUCUUUUGGGUGGGUUAACUGCAGUAGCAGUGGUUUAUAAGAGGACUAAGCACAAACAGAGCCGUGAAUCUUCACAGAGUGAAGGAAAACCUAUAACAAAUGGAAGAGUCAUGAACGGUGGAGUUACUGACUCCAAAAUAAACAUAACUUCGAAUCCAUUAGCCGGUCUCGAUACGUCAGAAGAUAUAAUACAACCUAAGAGCGGACAACAAUCGCCGAUGGAAAUGGCCUCGUUUCUAAACGGGCAAAACAACAACAGCAACAACCAUAACAACAGCGACACCGCUGGAACUGACCAGUGACGCACACGUCGAUAUACUGAGA